GCGGCUGGAGUAGCUACCUAGUCCGGUAUCCCUUCAGGUAGGUACUGUACAGAACUUGGAAACUACUAACUACCUACUCUACUACUGGGUAACUCAACUCCCCUUGCAUACCCUUCUCGCAGCCAGCGGUCUAGAUUGCUUUUUUCCGACCACUUCCUCCUCUCUGACUGAUCUCAUCCCACCCUCGCUACUUCGCUACUCCUCUGACUGGACUGCUGCUGUUUCUACUGUCGCUAUACUGUCGCUUCAUGCACCAUAGUCCAUGGACUCAGCACCCGAAAGUAGUAUGCAGAACAUGGAUCCUCUUCAGCCGCAGGGCAAAGACCACGAACCCGCCAAGCAGGAACUUCUCGUGGAACAAGGCCGUGACGACGAAGAACAUCAGCGAUGGAUACGGAAUCUCUUGUUCAAAAUGGACUGCAGGCUCCUGCCGACCCUAUCCGGUCUCUUCCUCUGUUCUUUUCUCGAUAGGACCAAUGUAGGCAACGCCAAGAUUCUGGGCCUGGAGGACGAUGUCAACAUCAGUGGCCAUCAGUAUGAUAUAGGACUGACGGUAUUCUACAUCAUGUACAUCUGCAGUGAGCUCCCCAGCAACCUGGUCAUCAGAAAGGCCUCGCCCAAGUUUUGGCUGCCCUUUCUGACGAUGAUCUGGGGCAUCUUCACAAUGUGCUUGGGUUUCGUGCGCAACUUUGCUGGCUUCGUCGUUGUCCGAGCCUUCUUGGGGACUGCCGAAGGCGGACUACUUCCUGGAAUCGUCCUGUACCUGUCAUUCUUCUACCGACGAAAUGAUUUGGCUUUGCGCAUCGGAGUUUUCUAUACAGCCGCUUCCCUGUCGGGGGCUUUCGGGGGCCUUUUAGCGCGUGGACUAGCCCAAAUUGGCCCUCGAGGGGGGCUUGAAGGAUGGCGCUGGAUCAUGAUCAUCGAGGGCUUACUGACAUUUUCUGUCGGCGGGCUGAGCUGUUUUCUGCUGCCAAACAGUCUAGAGACGGCAUUUUUCUUGACUCCAGAGGAACGAGCAUUUGCUCUCGAAAGAGUCAUGCUUGACACCCCCUCAGUUGAGUACGCGACGACGGAGGAUGAGCGGGAGACUCUCAAGUGGACUGAGGUGCGACGAGGGCUUCUAGACCCACGAAUGUGGUUGUCUGCCACAGCCUACUUCUCAAUCUUGUCAGGGCUGUACUCAUUCGGAUUGUUUCUCCCAACCAUCAUUGAAGAAAGUGGUUUUGCCCGAGAUCCGAACCAAGUACAAUUCUGGACCGUUAUACCAUAUGCUGUUGCCACCGUCGUGACCGUGGUUGUGGCUGUGGUAUCGGACCGGUUACAGCUACGCGGAGUCGUGAUGCUUUUCACAUUACCGGUUGCCAUAGCUGGAUACGGAGCAAUUGCCAAUAUAUACUCGCCAUCAGCCAAGUAUGCAAUGACCUGUCUUAUGGCCACUGGAUUGUAUAGCAGUGUACCAUGCAUCUUGGUCUGGAAUUCAAACAACUCUGCAGGACAUUAUAAGCGUGCCACCACGUCUGCCAUGCAGCUUACCAUUGCCAACUGUGGAGGGCUUCUUGCUACUUUCAACUACCCCGACCAAGACAAACCCCAGUAUCAUCGAGGACACACAGUAGUUCUGGGACUUUUGGUGUUUGCAUGGUUCAUGAUCUUUUUCAAUGUUUUAUACUGUGCCAAGAUCAACCGGGACAAGGCACAGGGUAAAUAUGCACAAUAUGCCGAAUGCCAUGAUGACCGAGAUCCUGCAUUCAGAAUGAUGCUAUAGCCCGUGUAGAACUUUUGAG